AUGUAUACCGGAUAUCGUGAGGCCAAUCAUUCAACUACCGGGAACACCAGGCUCGACACUGGGACCUACAUGAUGUUGAUCUUACUACUACUACCUCUCCUUGCAUAUGGACAAGAUUUUAGUUAUGAUCCAAGUUCACCUUCGGGUCCUUCUAACUGGAAAGAUGACUAUCCAUUAUGCGAUGGCCAGAACCAAUCGCCGAUCGAUAUAACAACACAGGAUACUGAACUAGACAUCGCCCUACUUGAGAGUCAGUUAUUUAGUUGGGGUUUAGAUAGCAGAUUGCGAAAUUCUACAUUAGAGAAUAUUGGAAAUGCUGUUCGGAUUAACAUUCCAAGAAGGUAUCACCUGGAUUUUUCCGACGGUAACCUACCUGGAGUUUUUUUGGUACACGACGCCAAAUUUAACUUGCCUGCAGAACAUAUCAUAGAUGGCGACCAGGCAAAACUUGAGUUGCAAAUUGUUACUUGGAAUGGACUAUUGUACGAUAACUAUACCGACGCCGUGGGAAAACCUGAUGGGAUAGCCAUAUUUAGCGUUCUGUUUUCGGUUUUAGAUGUCGCAGAAUCGGGAAUGGAGAAGGAUAACCCUAACUUACAAGCAUUAAACAAAACCUUAUACUCAAUUCCCAAUCCAGGUGACGUUGCUGACCUACCUAGUAAUGCCAAUGCAUUAAAGUUACGUUACAUUAUACCUAGCCUAAGAAGAAAUAGAUACUACCAAUACAAGGGGAGUUUCUCUUCCCCACCCUGUGAUGAAAAUGUUCUUCGAAUCGUAUUUGCAGACAAAAUCCAAAUGUCUAAGGCCCAGUUUGAAGCUUUUCGAAGACUGUUAGGAUCCGAUGGAAAUCCAAUUCUCGAUGGUCUUAGUAGGCCCGUACAAAGAUUAAAUGAACGUGAGGUUAAACGCAGUUUUCUGACACCACGUAUGAGGAUAGACGAUGGUCCGCCAGUUGACGACUUAAAAGAAUCUUGUAUGAAUGUCUUUUGGGUAAUUGAUCAAAGUUGUUCAGUGUUUGAACAAAUGGAUGAAGUAAAACAAAUGCUUCUUGAUGUCACAGAUAAAGUUAUUAUUGGUCGUAACUCUGUAGUCAUGACGCUGAUGAAGUUCGAUAGAGAGCCGUAUUACAACUUUUAUGCAAGGGAUACAACGAGUAAUGCAGAGACGAUAAGACUUUUGAAUGACAUACCAAUUGGUCAAACUGAAAUAUGUGAAACGAGGACAUCCCGAGCCCUCUCUGAGUUGAAAGAAAGAUUUUUCCUAAGUCGCUAUAUGCGUAGUCGGUAUGGUGUACGAAAACUACCACUUUCUAAAGAUAUAGUAUUUAUUGUCUCAGACGGCAGGACGUUCCCGUAUGGUGGCAGAUGGCCUGCGAUCUAUAAGUCUUGGGAGAUAGCAGACACAGGGGCGGAUAUAUAUUCGAUAAAAUUGGACAACAGAUGGGGCAAAGAGGGAGAAACUGAGAUGUAUAAUUUCGUGGGAGGCCAAACUGAACGUGUGUUCCAUAUUAACGACACGGAUCUAGCAGAAAAAGUCUCUCUCUUGAUAAACGAUUAUACUCCUUGCCCAUAUACAACAACUCCUGAACCUACAACCACACCAACUCCUACAACUACCACUGAACCACUAACCGAAAUUGUCACUGGUGGUACUCCUAUUACAGAUGCACCAACUACGACUACCACAGUACAGACUACUACCACAUUACCAACUACUACAACAAUACCACAAUGUGAACGUGAUUUUAAUCUGGUUCUUAUCUUCGACACUACACAAAGUUUGGCAGAUGGCACUAUAAGGAGAACAUUUAAAACUAAAGGUUUCGAGCAUCGAAAAACUGUUGCAAUAUCACAACUAGUGAAGGUUAAGGAAUUUACAACAGAACUGCUUGAUGAUUUAAAUAUUAACAUUGAUGCUACACGCGUAGCUAUUUUGACAUUUGAUGAAGAAGUCCGUGUGAUACAACAAUUUAAAGACACUAUAAGUCUCGAGAAGACAAAAGAUGCUAUCAUUAAUAAGGCACAGGACUGGACUGGGGCUGGAACAAGGACAGAUAAAGCAUUGGCGAAAGUGUAUGAAGAUACAUUAAAAGUGGAAAAUGGAUGGAGACCAGAAAUUCCAACAUUGGUUUUCUUAGCUACGGACGGCGCCAUUGUACCCUGUUGUGAAAGUAAAUGUUGCAAAGACUGGAAAAAUCCACCUGAUUUAUGUGCUGCGAGAGCUGCCGAUUGUUUAACAAAAUUAGAUGCAAUUGAAAGGGCGAAAAAUGUUGCGAACGACAUAAAGGAAAAAGGGUCAGAUUUCAUUAUUCUGGCAUUAACACAACCCAAAAAGCCAUCAAAAGAAAGCAAUGAUGAGGACAACAAAUUUUACAGAAGUUUGGUUAAGGACUUUGCCAGAGAUGUCAUUCAAGUAGAAAACUUCGGUGCAAAAAUGCAACUUGGAUCACCAGUUUCACUGUUAAAACAAAUUAGAGAUAGAAUUUGCGAGACCCACGAAGUGUUUGCGGAUCAACAGAAGUAACCAGUGACUGAUUCUAAAGAAAAUGGCCACACGGAAAUAAAGAGGCCAGUUACUACAGACGUUAUGAGAGAAUUAUAUUAUACUGUACUGAAUUGCAAUAAAGUAAAUACACACAUGUGGUGUUUUACUAAAAUGUGAGGGUGUUUUGUUUAGUUAUUUAGCUUGUCACAAUCCAAUAGGUUGUCUACUCUAACGUUCC